CGCGCACUGCAUCUCUCUUCUUCACCACCACCACCCACCACCGCCCCGUUGCACCCGUUCAACACGUCGACACGCUUCUCCGCCGCCUACUCUAUCAGUCUACCUUCGACUUGGAUACAUCGCAUCUGCUGUUCACGCGUCAGACACGUCGCCAUCGCCGCCAUCCGCUCUGCUCAACGUGUACCGACACCCACGUCCUCCGCCACAGUAUGCUGUAGCACGAGACGAACUCCUCAGACCGCCGGCGAGGUGCCUACAAAGGCCCUCCAACCUUCCAAACCCAACUUGACCUCCGACAUCAACCUUGAACAUGGCUUCCAGCGGCGAAGAUGGAGCGCUCGACCUUGCAGACAUACCAACGCGUCCGAUGCGUGUCAAGAUAUUGUACACCUUCGAUGCUGAGGCCAAAACUACCUGUCUGGCACGUCUUCCGACUACUCUCAAUAUCCCCGCCGUCGCUAUCGACGAGCAGUCACAAGUCGGCGUCAUCGAGUUGAAGCAGUGCGUUUCCGCCAUUGUGUCCGCUUCGCCCGAGAUUGUGUCCCAACUGGAAAUUGGCGACUUCUCUGUCUACUCCUACGACUACAGCGAAUAUGACGCGCCCGUUGUCGGCCAAGGGCGGAUGUCAGCUCUGCUCGUCGCCACCACCCCUGCCGUCGAGAGCAGCAAAACCAUGAUCACCGGACGCGUCUGCAAAAACAUCGCCCUCUUCAACAACGGCGUCAAGGAAACGCUUGAAGUCAAGUUCAAGUUGACGCCGUUGGCGAGACCGGCCCAAGCAUCGAACAAUAUGGAUGCAUUCCGCAGCAUGAGCCCUGCAACGUCGGCUGGCUUCGACCCGAACGCCUGGAAUGUGCCGGUGAACAAGGCGCAGUCUCAACAGAACGAGUACUUUGACUUUGGAGUUGCUUCCAUGGGUGACAACUCUGCUGCUGCCUCACUGGAAGACUUCUUCGGAAUUGGUUCACAGAGUAGUGGGGAGAUGAGCAGUCAGCAGCAAUCAGGAGUCGGAGGGAUCCAGCAGACCCCCACAGAUGCUGGCUUUGCCUACAACCCCGCAUUUUCGACUCAUUCUCACAGCGCUCCAGGCAGCCGAGCUGGCAGUCCCAUGAUCGCCUCCAAAUCGAGCUCUCGUGGUGAGUCUUUACGUCAUCAGAGCUUCUCUGGAAAUGCAUCUUCUUUCUCGGAACACAACCGGCCCGAUUCGCGCGGCAGCACGCGGAGUGAAUCCUUUUCCACCCACAUGCAGCAACCACAGUCUAUCCAACCUCCUGAACAGCAGCCAAUUCAGGCAGACAAUGAUGCCUUCUACAAUGAGGAUGGCCAACCACGCAAGCGUGCGAAGGUCGUGCAGGCUGACUGGCGUGGCAAAUCCUCUUUUGGUUCAAGAUCGUCUGACUUGAGAGUGACUGCCGCUACCACUUCAUCGAUGCAAAUGUUCCGACCGAUUGCGAAGCGACCUGCAGCGCCUGGUAGUAACCUCGAGCCACCACCUCGUGUGCCAACGCCAGUGCCCCAGCGCACCAGACCAAUGAAUCAGCGGAUGCAGUCCAUAGCUCCGAGAAGCUCACUGCGGCAAGCAUCUGUGGCAGACUCUGACGCGAUAUCCGAAGCAGACUUGAUGUCAGAUGUCAUGACGUCCCCAGAAGGCAGCUCACCUGGUAACAGCAUGAAUGGCGAAGGCACACCCAUGGACAUCCCAUCCUCUCCUCCUAUCGUGCCAGGAUACAAUGUUCCUCAGCCUAGCAGCCCAGGACUUCCCACGAUCUCAUCGCACAUGGCAGACAGCGGAUAUAUGAGUGGAUCGAUCAUGGAGAGCAUGGAGCAAGAGGCAGAUCGGAGCCCAGACGCGGAGGAUCUUGACAUUGCUGCACGUUACCAGCCACGGAAGUACCACCAACGACCUCUCAUUAAGAGCGAGGGAUCGCCGAUUGAUGGCACGCCCGUGCCGUACUCGGACAUGCAAUUCAGCAGUGAUGUGCCAGAUUUUGAGUCAAACGCGAAUGGACAACGACCGCGCUCGGGUGUAGCUCCAUCUCAUCCUCAGCCUGCGGCCCGUGCGACAUCUGCCAUGUCGCCCCCCGACGAACUGCCAUCUCAAUCCCGACGAGGCUCACUAGCGCUGCCUUCGAAACCUGCAGCCAAACCAAAGAGGCAACCUCUAAAGCGCUCGCACACAUGCAACGAGUCAGAAGCUGGCUCGCCUGCCCCAAGUGACACUGAGGGACGAUCGAAAGCACCUCGGUCUGGUUCAGGAGCCCCGCGACGUCAAAUCAUCGAACGACGACUGCAGGAGUCAAUCAGCAAAGGCAUCAUGCCUCAAUUCUGCUCGCACUGUGGCUCAAUCGAAACGCCGACCUGGAGAAAGCUGUAUGUGAGGCCCAUGGAAGGCAAGCCCGGCCCUCUCGACUACGUUGCUGGGGAAGGCGAAACAGUAGGCGUCGAGGUCACAGAAUGGGACGGCGAAGGAGAGGCCACGAAAUUUCUCAUCCGCAAGACCAUGAAGAAGACAAAGGAGACGCAGCCUGGCAAAGGUUUUGAAGACACUGUGGUGUGCAACCCAUGUGGACUGUGGUUCAACAAGUUCCGCAACAUGCGUCCUCCGGAGAAGUGGGCACGCAAGUCGGUUCCGAGGAAGACUAAAAAGAGGGCAGAGGAUGCCACAGACGGUGCCGAGCCGCCAUCUGAGGCUUUCUACAGCGAACCGGUGUUCCAGGAUGAUACCACAGCAGGCGGCAUUUUUCGGCCUAUGGUUCCCGCACGUCGCGCAGCUCCAGCUCCGCAGCCUGUCCAGCAACCCGAGCCGACUCAACCGCGACCACGCUCGAACAGUGUACAGGACCCUCCACGCCGUGCAGCCAGCGACGAUGGCAACGUGCGAAGAGCGCAUCGUGACCCUGAGUACAUGCGGGCCAUUCAGUCUAGUCCUGUCCGCUCUCAGGGCUCAGCAGCAAGCCCAAUCGAGCUUGAUCUCACGCCGAAUCCUACCAGGCGUCUGAUAUUCCCAUCGCCUCGCAGAGAUGGCGAAGCAAAGAGCCUCGAAGGUGGCAAUGACUUGUCCCGACCAAAGUCCGCUUCGCCUUCAGCUGGCAAUGACAAGGUCGGAAAGGUCGUCGCAAUCUCGGAGCAAACCGAUGUGAGUAUCUUUGAGGCCUUUACUUGUGACCAGGAGAAUAAAGCGCCUCCGCUCAUGGAAGGCGAUGACUUGUCGCACUUGUUUGAGGGCUCGCCGAGUGCCGUGUUUAAGACGCCAGCUCGCAAGACACCCUCCAAGCGCAACAUUACUCCACUAUCGCAGCAACAAGCGCUAGCGGCCGACCUACUCAAGACUCCAACACAGAGCAGCCGCAAGCGCAAGCCGCUUACACCCAGCGCCAAUGCGGCGAAUAAUGCCGAUAUGAACGCCAACGACUUCAUGUGUUCCCCUUCGUCCGGUCGAUACUUUCUGCGUUCCACGCCUAGCAGGCUUGAGCGAACACCAGGAGGUCGCACGGUCAGUGGAAGUAGCAACAAUGGCUCCAACCAAGUUUCACCUUUCUCGCGCCACUUGGCGCAGAUGUUGAGCGAUGCCGACAACUUGGGUAAUGCUCCUUUCACGAGCCCGAGCAGGGAAUUUGAUUUCAGCGAUCUGCCUACCUUUACUACUCCAGGACGCGAGGUCGACUGGAAAGGUUUGGAUGAGAUUAUGGGCAGUGAUUUCGCCAGCUAUGAUGAUAAUGGAAUGGCAUUCAGUACGGAUCUUCCAGGUGGUGAGAAGCAGGCUUAGAGAAUGCUUCUGAUGCACUGCACUCAGACAGAAGGGGGACAAACAAAUACAGAUAGAGCGCCAGGAACCCAGCACGGCUCGCUCGCUUCGGAAAUGCAACCGAUGACGCGAACGACAGAUGUCA